AGUAGCAAGAGCGAGCUGUCAAAAAAACCGCUGAUUGCCGCAAUAAAUGGGUACGCAGUAGGCGUAGGCUUAGAGCUUGCUCUCAUGUGCGAUUUACGGAUCGUCGAGGAACACUCGCGGAUGGGUUUCCUGAACCGGCGCUUUGGAAUACCAAUAAUGUGCGGAGGAACUGUAAGAUUACCAGCAAUGAUCGGAUAUUCACGAGCCAUGGACAUGAUCCUCAGCGGUAGAGAAAUCACCGGACAAGAAGCCUUCCAGUGGGGAAUCGCGAACCGUCUUGUUGCCUGCGGUGCUGGACUGGGACAAAGUGUAUCUAUGGCUCAGACGAUAAUAAAAUAUCCGCAGCGCGCAUUACUCGCCGAUCGUACGUCGUUACAUUUCGCAUCGCUAGGCGCCAAAUCUAUAGAGGAGGCUCUUGAGUUCGAAAAGGACAACUCCACGGAUAUUCUGCUUGAAGAUGGCAUUCACGGGGCUAAAAAGUUUGUUGAUGGUCUAGGGAGACAUGGCAAGGCUAGUAAUAUCACCAGGUUGGACAGGACUAGUUUUAGGGAAAUAAGCGAUGAUCUUCUGUAA